GGCGGGGCGGGGCGGUGGACGGAACUGACGAAUGCCUCGCCUCUGAUGGUUUGCCUGUUGUCGCUGAGGAUCGGCUUCGUCCCCCAGGUGUCGGUCUAUUACCGAGUGGAGCAUACAGAAUGACAGCAAUCAAGCACGCAUUACAGAGGGAUAUUUUCACUCCAAAUGAUGAACGAUUGCUCAGCAUUGUUAAUGUUUGCAAGGCGGGCAAAAAGAAGAAAAACUGCUUUCUGUGCGCUACAGUAACAACAGAGCGACCAGUUCAAGUGAACGUUGUUAAGGUGAAGAAAUCGGAUAAAGGGGAUUUCUACAAACGGCAGACAGCGUGGAUAUUGCGAGAUUUGGCUGUUGUCGAUGCUAAGGAUGCCAACAAGGAGAAUCCAGAGUUCGAUUUACAUUUUGAAAAGGUGUACAAGUGGCUUGCCAGCAGCAUAGCAGAAAAAAAUAGUUUUAUUUCUUGCAUUUGGAAACUUAAUCAGCGAUACCUUAGAAAGAAGAUUGAAUUUGUCAAUGUUAGUUCACAGUUAUUGGAAGAACUUCCUAAAGUUACAGAAGAGUCUGUUCCAAGUGGUGAAAACCAGAGUGUGGCCGGUGGGGAUGAGGAAUCCUUGGAUGAAUACCAGGAGUUGAAUGCAAGAGAAGAACAAGAUAUUGAGAUAAUGAUGGAUGGUUGUGAAUAUGCCAUUUCAAAUGCUGAAGCAUUCGCAGAAAAAUUAUCCAGCGAAUUACAGGUGUUAGAUGGGGCUAACAUCCAAUCGAUAAUGGCUUCGGAAAAGCAGGUGAACACUCUAAUGCAGUUGCUGGAUGAAGCUCUGAAAGAAGUGGAUGAGAUUGAGUAUAAACUGAGCAGUUAUGAAGAAAUGCUACAAAGUGUAAAGGAGCAAAUGGAUCACAUAUCCCAAAGCAAUGACCUCAUACAACUCAGUAAUACUAAUAAUGUGAAGCUCCUAGAGGAAAUAGAGUUCCUUGUGAAUUAUUUGGACCUAUCCAAAGGCCACAUUAAAGCCCUUACCGAUGGGGAUCUUUCUUCUUCUAAAGGUAUUGAAGCAUGCACCAAUGCUGCAGAGGCCCUUCUACAGUGCAUGAAUGUGGCUCUUCGACCAGGACAUGAGGAGCUUCAUGCAGUGAGACAGCAGCAACAACAAUUCAGGGAUCUGCGUGAACAGUUCGCCAGGAGACUGACCAACCAUCUUAAUAAUGUCUUUGUUCAGCAGUUUACUCAGACUCUCACCCUAUACUAUCGCAGAGCCUCCUACCACUCAGUUUCUGGGCAUGAUCAAAGCUCAUCCAUAGCUCAGCACUCAAUUGAGCUGACUCUCCCCAAACACCUUCCAUUUCAUCGAGAUCUACUUAGAUAUGCCAAACUAAUGGAAUGGUUAAAGAAUACUGAUCGUGAAAAAUAUGAAGGCUUGAAUAAGAACUAUGUAGAUUAUAUUUCCAGGCUGUAUGAAAGGGAAAUUAAGGAAUUCUUUGAGGUUGCAAAGAUCAAAAUGACUGGAACAUCAAAAGAAGGAAAAAAGUUUGCCACACUACCUCGAAAAGAGAGUGCUGUCAAACAGGAUAUAGAAAGUCUUCAUGGAAGUUCUGGAAAGCUUACAGGUUCUACCUCAAGCCUCAACAAGUUGUCUGUUCAGGGAUCAGGAAAUCGUCGCUCUCAGUCAUCCUCGCUACUUGACAUGGGGAACAUGUCUGCCUCAGACCUCGAUGUAGCUGAUAGAACCAAAUUUGAUAAGAUUUUUGAGCAGGUCUUGAGUGAGUUAGAGCCUCUGUGUUUGGCUGAACAAGACUUCAUCAGCAAAUUCUUCAAGCUACAACAAAGUCCAGCUUUACCAGGAUCAGUAGUGCAGACAGACUCUAAUGAGGUGGAUGGAGGAUAUCUGUCUCGGCCACAUAAUCUUUUAGGAGACAAGUUCUCGGUACCAUCUGAGAAAGAGGAGACCAGCAUUAUUCGAUCAAUGAUGAUUAAAGUUUUCCGCUGCAUAGAGCCAGAGCUGAACAACCUCAUUUCACUUGGAGACAAGAUCGACAGCUUUAACUCAUUGUACAUGUUGGUAAAGAUGAGCCAUCAUGUUUGGACGGCAGAGAAUGUGGACCCUGCCUCUUUUCUUAGUACGACGUUAGGAAAUGUUCUUGUGACAGUCAAGAGGAAUUUUGACAAGUGCAUUUGGAAUCAAAUGAAGCAGAUGGAAGACGUGAAAAUAUCGAAGAAGAGUAAAGUGGGAAUUUUACCAUUUGUAAGGGGGUUUGAAGAGUUUGCUGAGCUAGCAGAGUCCAUCUUCAGAUCAGCAGAACGCAGGGGGGACCUGGACAAAGCCUACACCAAACUCAUCCGGGCAGUUUACAACAAUGUGGAAAAAGUGGCUAAUGAAAGUCAGAAAACUCCUCGUGAUGUUGUGAUGAUGGAAAACUUCCACCACAUUUUUUCAACACUCUCUCGCCUUAAAAUUGCAUGUCUAGAGACUGAAAGGAGAGAAGCCAAGCACAAAUAUACAGAGCAUCUGCAAUCUUAUGUGAUAUACUCUCUCGGACAACCUCUUGAGAAACUUAACCAUUUCUUUGAGGGAAUUGAAGCGCGUGUAGCACAGGGCAUCAGGGAAGAGGAAGUCAGUUAUCAGCUGGCCUUCAACAAGCAAGAGCUAAGAAAAGUUAUUAAAGAAUAUCCUGGAAAGGAAGUGAAGAAAGGACUGGAUAACCUGUACAGAAAGGUGGACAAGCAUCUCUGUGAGGAGGAAAACCUGCUGCAGGUUAUGUGGCAUUCAAUGCAGGAUGAAUUCAUUCGUCAGUACAAGCACUUUGAGGGACUGAUAGCUCGCUGUUAUCCUGGAUCUGGGAUUACAAUGGAGUUCACCAUUCAAGACAUUCUGGAAUAUUUCUCUAGUAUUGCUCAGUCUCACUAAAACAAAGCUGUGCAUGAUAAGUGUGUCCUACCCAACUUUCAUAAAAUGCUCUUUAAUAAAUCCUGAAAGAGGAUCCUUUUGGUGGAAUUGUCAUUUAAUGUUACCUUAACAAUGUCCAUGUUCUCUCUAGCACCCCAAGGCUGAGAUGUACUGUAACCAGUUUUUCUGGCCUUAUUAACUUGUAUGCAUUAUUUAAUAUAUGUUCCAAUUAGGGAUGCAGAUGCUCUGUGGUGUGCUCCUUCAUAGGAUCAGAGGCUCCAGUUUUAAAAAAAAAAUGUAAUAUAUUUUCAAAUGUUAUGCUAUUCUUUAAACAAAAUACAUUUUUUGGCUCGACAUCAAGCGGCAAUUUGCCGUUACAUAGUUAAUCCAAUCACAACCUUUGAGUAAAGAGAUGUUGAUGGCCAUAUUUUGGUUCUGUAAUUUUAAGGAAAGGUUCAUAGCUGUUGGAAAAUUACUGAGCUUGAUUGCAUUUGUCAAAGUGAAUUUAAGUAAGAUUUAGUUUUAGUUUAGAGAUACAACACGGAAACAGGCCCUUCGGCCCACUGGAACGAACCAAAGUAAGAUUGUUUCCUCUAACAUAAUAAUUGGAUAUCAUAUAAUAAAAUAUUGUAAAAAUGCUUACCAUAUCCCAGAAAAAGCAGAUUUAGUUUAAAAUAACACUUAACUCCAAUAUGUUAAUUAUCUUUAUCUUCAAUUUUCUGUGGAAAUCUAUUAAACAUUAAGCUAAUAUUUAAGAAAUUUUAAAUUGACCCAAUAGAGAGCAAGCUUUAACAGAAUAUGUCACCCUUGAGAAACUUAAAAAAAAACAAUUUUACAGAAAUUCUGAACACAGGUUUCAAAAUAUUAGUGUAAACUUAAUACAGUAAAUUUGGAAAUUCAAAUUUGCCUUUGGAAUUAAGCAUUGAAUUUCACGUCACUUGAGGAGAUUCCAAAGCCAUUAAUGAGCUAUUAUUUAAUUUGCAAUGCUAAGCAGAGCAGGAUAAAUUAAAACUAACACUGGAAAUACAGAUGCAUUAAUAUACUCACACAUGGUAAUUCUUGAUAUUACAAAGAUAAAAAUUGUCUUCUAUUUAACAUUUAGAAGAUUGUAUUGUGUGAUGUUUGAAGUAGGCACCUGCACUAAUCAAUUAUAAACACUAAUCAUGUUGCAAAAUAUACUAACUGAUUUGAUUUUGUACAUUAUUCUGAAUGAGUACAUUAACAUUUAAAAUAUGUAAUAAUGCACAUUGAUGUCAAACAGCAAGAGGUUGUAAUUGUAUUUCAGCCCAUUUACUGGAACUAAGCAAUUCAAAUGUUAGUGCGAAUCUCAUGACAGAUGUUUAAGAUGUAUCCUAGAUCUAACCUAUGGAAUUCUUCCUCAGUAAGGCCCUCUCACAUAAAAGUGAGAUACUUUUGUUUAAGAUAUGUAUGAAACAAGCGUUUAUUUGUAAUAUGCCACAUUGAUUUAAAUCAUUUAAUAACCUUUGUAUGUAGACAGUACCUUAUCUUGCAAUCACGUGAAUGGAUAUGUUUACUAACACGUCAGGUGAACACUAAAGAUGAUUUAAAUGAUCUCCAGUCCAUUAUAUAAUGAAUUCAGAAAAUAACCAUUUUUAUCAGCAUUAUGAAUUGUGGAAAUGAAUUAAGUAACACUGAAGAGAAUACUGAAAUAUUUACAUUAAGGUGCACAUAUUAUUGAUACUGCCCGUGUCUUUAUCAUGUUCGGCUUGCCUUACAAUAUAAAAUGUUGUACCUUAUUGAUGCAUAACUUCUACUUUAUUUAAACCUUUAAAGUUUAUUGUUGAUAGCUUCCUUCAGCAGACUUGCAUCAUGUUGUCAAUCUAUGUAAUACGCUCUAUCAUUUAUUUACUCUGUAAACAGUACCAUUCUAUGAAAAAGCAGAUUUUUAUUGACUUCGACAAUUUAUCACUGUAUUUAAAACACUCAAUAAAAUAUAGUGAACGUAA